UGAAACAUGAUUCAAGAUGUAAGAAAACAUUCAGCUGCUUUCAGUGUCGGAACCGAUUUAGCACCAAGCCAAACCUGAAGAGACACAUGGUAACUCAUACAGGUGAAAAACCUUUCAGCUGUUUAGUUUGUAAGAAAACGUUUUUAACGUCUAGAAAUGUACGGUUACACAUGAUAAUCCACACAGGAGAAAAACCUUUCAGCUGCUCAUUCUGUAAGAAAUCUUUUACACAGAGUGGAAGUUUACAGACACACAUGAGAACUCAUACAGGAGAGAAACCUUUCAGCUGCUCUGAGUGUGAUAAAGCUUUCACUGAUAGUGGAACCCUGAAGAACCACAUAAGAACUCACACAGGAGAAAAACCUUUCAGCUGCUCAGUCUGUAAGAAGUCUUUUACACAGAGAGGACAUUUACGGUCACACCUGGCAGUCCACACAGGAGAGAAACCUUUCAGCUGCUCAGUCUGUAAGAAAUCUUUUACACAGAGAGGACAUCUGAAAACACACAUGAGAACUCACACAGGAGAAAAACCUUUUAGCUGCUCAGUUUGUAAGAAAUCUUUUACACACAAUGGAGCUUUAAAGAGGCACCUGAGAAUCCACACAGGAGAAAAACCUUUCAGCUGCUCAGUGUGUAAUACAUCUUUUACACAGAGUGGAGAUUUACAGAAACACAUGAGAAUCCACACAGGAGAAAAACCUUUUAGCUGCUCUGAGUGUGAUAAAGCUUUCACUGUAAGUGGAAACCUGAAGAACCACAUGAUGACUCAUUCUGGAUUAAAACCUUUCAGCUGCUCAUCAGCUUUAAACUCUCUGAAACAUGAUUCAAGAUGUAAGAAACCAUUCAGCUGCUCUGAGUGUGGCAGAAGAUUUAGCUUCAAGUCAUAUCUGAAGAGACACAUGAUGACUCACACAGGAGAAAAACCUUUUAGCUGCUCAGUUUGUAAGAAAUAUUUUGCACAUAGUGGACAUUUACAAAAACACAUGAGAAUCCACACAGGAGAAAAACCUUUCAGCUGCUCAGUCUGUAAGAAAUCUUUUACACACAGUGGAGCUUUAAAGAUGCACAUGAGAAUCCACACAGGAGAAAAACCUUUCAGCUGUUCAGUGUGUAAUACAUCUUUUACACAGAGUGGAAGUUUACAGAAACACAUGAGAAUCCACACAGGAGAAAAACCCUUUAGCUGCUCUGAGUGUGAUAAAGCUUUCACUGUAAGUGGAAACCUGAAGAACCACAUGAUGACUCAUUCUGGAUUAAAACCUUUCAGCUGCUCAGUCUGUAAGAAAUCUUUUACACAGAGUGGAAGUUUACGGUCACACAUGGUAGUCCACACAAGAGAGAAAAGAUUCAGCUGCAGUGUUUGUAACAAAAGAUUUGCCUGGCAUUCUGAUGUCAAAACACAUAAAUGUGUUGCCAACUUCGUUCCAACCUAUUACCACUAG